GGUUAAAGGUUAGAGCUAUGAUGGCUGCGCUCUGAAUGUAAACAGUAGUGUUUGUCAGUUGUCCUUUGCUUGUGGGAGGACAGGUGAGAGACGGGAUUGUUUAUGUGUCGCAAUCCUGCGCUGUUUGUCGGUGAGAGCCAGCAGAGGAGAUAACUCCCAGUGCGCUGUUUGGCUUUCAGAUAUGAGACUGUUGUCGCAGGCGGUGAAGUUUGCGGUGACUCACCCGGAGAGGAGCCGCAGACACUUCUGGGGCUGGCUCAAUGCCGUUUUCAACAAGGUGGACUAUGAAAGGAUAAAAGCUGUGGGCCCAGACCGAGCAGCAGCAGAGUGGUUGCUGAGAUGUGGUGCUAAAGUGCGCUUCCAGGGUUUUGAUCGCUGGCAUCUCGACUACAACGCAUUGCCAACUGGGUCUCUGGGCAGAUACAAGAUCCAGGCGAUUGACGCCACUGAAUCCUGCAUCAUGUACAAAGGGUUUGACUACCUGGAUGGUUUGAAACAUUUGGAAGAAGUCAAGUUCAAUAAGUGUAUCUACAUUGAAGAUGCCUGUCUGGAGAGGCUGACCUCCAUAGAGAACCUGCAGGAGAGCUUGUACAUGAUGGAGGUGGUGUCGUGUGGAAAUGUGACUGAUAAGGGUAUUAUCGCCCUGCACAAACUCAGGGAGGUUUUGUGGGGAGACACACCCACCCUCUGGGAUGGCGGUCCAGCUCGUUGAGGACGGUGUGAUCGCAGUACUCGAAGACCAGGUGAAGCUUCCGUUUGCGUCGAAACACUUCGAUCAGAUUCACCAGGUUGGAGUGUUUCAGUUGCUGCACAGACAGAAAACAGAAAUCCCAAACAGACAUUACAAGCAGAAUCUGCUGCACAGAGGAGUGGCUCAUCAGUCUCUGUAUCUCAAACACACUAAACUGUUAAGAGAGGGUAAUAAACAUGCUGUUGCCCCUGACAACCUGUCCUAUUUACGAGCUCCUGAUGUCCAGCAGGCCUCCAGCGCUCCCACCCACUGCAUGACUAAUUAAACCACCAACAAACGCAUCGGUACAUCUUUGAUAAAUAUGUACAUCGUUAACAAAACACAUGACUUGACCACAACUGAGCCUAAGCUUCCAAUUUACAGCCUAAGAAAGAUAUUCAACUCGCGCCAGAGGCUUUUUUAAAAGAUAACUCAAUGUUCACAGACAUUUCACACUGCAACUGAAAUACUGGAGUCAGCUCUGACCCUGCAGGGUUUUGCCUUCAUUUGAUUACAGCCCUCUAAACCUUUUCUCAAGUUUGCUGGUUUGAAAGCAAAGUGUUUCCCCUCUGUCGGCAGAAUUAAUUGCACCGUGUCCCUCCCGCUGGCUGCACAGGAGGAGGAAUGCUUUACAUUUCCUUGCAUUAAAAACAAGAUUUAAAUCCUCUAAAGACUGAGUUAAAGUUUCAAAACAACAGUUUGGCUGAGAGUUAUGAUAAAAACUUGAUUUGUUAAGUAAAAAAAUGUGAAUGUUUUACGCUUCCUGCUAAUAAUUUUAUCCUGAUGAGUUUUUUAUUUGAUAAAUGUAACUUCGUAAGUCAUAUAUUUCGUUCUUAGUCACAUAAUUUUAUCUUGCAACUCUGCAUUAAGAAAACCAGUUUUGUAAAGCAGACUUUAGCAUUACAUGCCUCUUUUAUUUAUUUAUCAUUUUGAUGUUUUUCUCUCGCAACUUCUGUACUAAUUUGCAAGCUUCUGUCAGACAGGCUGCGUCUUUACCUUGAGCAUCCUGAUCUCCCUCAGUGCAAUUUUUUUAAUGAUGGGAUUAUCCUCUGACUCGACAAACUUCUUGAUGGCGACGAUCUGGCCCGUGUCUUUGUUUCUGCACUUGAAGACGACUCCGUACGAGCCCUCUCCAAUCUUCCCAAUCUUCUCGUACUUCUCCAUACUGAGGAGGAAGCAGUGCUCCUCUGAAAGGAGACAAAACAAAAACUUUACAAGCAGCAGUGGCAGCCUGAAAACAGACAAAGAGGAAAAGAAAGGAAGAAGGGGGCUUUACUUGAUAAUCUACUGCUUUUAUGAAUGGUUUACACAAGCCAAGCUGCAAAAAUUAGCUUUUUUAAAAACAAACAAACAAACAAACAAACAUGUUUUUGCAGCAAUAAAAAGUAUGAGCAACUUUUGACCCGUCAAAAGCAUGCCUGCAUGCAAGCUCGUUUUACAGGGAUGAAAAUGUUAGGGUAACUUCCUAAAUGGCCCUGCACAAAGAGGGAACGUUACACCCAUCUCCCAGCAGAUUGCGUAACAAAAACAUUUGCAAUGCAAAGUAUAUUCGGUCAUUUCCCUGAGGGGGACACAAAGAUUAAGACUAAUAACAUGGUGAGGAGAAUAUCAAAGUGCUGCACUGAAAAAUUUGAAUGCAUUUCAAAGGGGGAAAUACCACCUCUGAUUAAAAUAUAACCUCUAAGUAUAACACCUGAUAUUUAUGAUUAAAAGCUGUUAUUAUGGUCCAGAUAUCUGAAUGAAAGGUGACUCCUGAAGUAAGCAAACAUAAUUUAAUAUUUAUGAGAAAAGAAGUACAGAAAUGUCCACUUGGAAUGGCCACACAUUAUUACAUCACUUGCUGACUUCAUGUAUACACACAAAUGACAUCUUAAUUAUUAUCUUUUUGUGUGUAUUUACAUCCUGAGCCACAAAUCGGGAGAUUAUCUUUAAUUUAUUUGCACCUCAGUCCUUCUGUGCAGCUCCGUGCAACCUACACAAAUACUCUGCAGUGGAUGGAUGUAGUAGUGAGGGGCCUUUAGUGAGAAUCAUCUGCUUCUGAAUGGGAAUAAGAUGAUGACAGAUAUGAUCAACUUCAGAAGAAAAAGGAUGGCCACACUAGCUAUAUCUAUCCUGGGACAGUAAGUUGAUGUGGUGGAGGAGUGCAAGCACCUGGGAGCCCCAUCAUCAGACAGCAGACUGAACUAGAAGACCAACACAGAGGCUGUAUUCAAGAAGGGUGUGAACAGGGUCUAUUUCCUGAGGAAGAUGAAGAUCCUAUAUAUCAGUCAGUUGUAGCAAGCACAGCUACAGCUGACUGAAUAAUCUCAUCAAAAGAGGCUGGCUCUGUGAUUGGCUGCAAACUGGAAGCACCUUUGAAGCUGUGGUGGAGAGCAAGUCGCUGAACAAACUUCUAUUGAUCAUGGAUAACAUGGAUAUUUUGAUAGAGGCAUCUGUCAGAUAACAUGAUUGUUAUUAUCAACUAUUCAUCAUUACUUCAACUGCUAUAACAAAAUAAUUUCCCAAAUAAUGGAUAAAUACAGCACUUCCCAUCUCAUCUCUUUACACCUGCCUUCUGUAGUGCCUGGACACUGUAUAAUUUAUUAGAAACAA